GGAGCCGAAACUCGCGGGCCUGGAAGAAGGUGAUCCUCCAGCAGGGAGCCUGGAUUCAGAGGGAAUGGCCCCUGGGAGCAGCCGAGCCCCAGCCCAGGAGACAGUGACAUUUAAGGAUGUGGCUGUGGACUUCACCCAAGAGGAGUGGGGCCUCUUGGACCAUCCUCAGAAGGAGUUGUACAAGGAGGUCAUGGUGGAGAAUGCCCAGAACCUGCUCUCCCUGGGUCUUCCAGUUCCCAGAGAAGAUGUGAUCUCCUAUUUUGAGCAAAGGGAAGUACCAUGGAUGCUGGAGGAAAAAGGACUGAGGAUCUGCUGUCCAGAAAGUGAGAUCAGACUUGAAGUGAAGAAGACUCCUGUAGUCCUUAACUUAUCUGUGGAAGAAACUCUGCAGCAAAGAUUCAUGGGUGAUGGUCCCUGUGACUUCACUUGGAGAGAAAUCUGUGCUCUUCAUCAGGGAAUCCACACUGGGGAGAAGCCUUAUGAAUGUGAUCAGUGUGGAAAGACUUUCAGAGGAAGUUGCAGUCUUGUUUAUCGUCAGAGAAUCCACACUGUAGAAAAACCUUAUGAAUGCAAUCAAUGCAGAAAGGCCUUUAAACAGGAGGCCCAUCUUACUGAACAUCAGAGAAUCCACACUGGAGAGAAGCCUUACGAAUGUGAUCAGUGUGGAAAAACUUUCAGAGUAAACUCCAGUCUUGUUAAUCAUCAGAGAAUCCACACUGUAGAAAAACCUUAUGAAUGCAAUCAAUGUGGAAAGGCCUUUAAACGGGAGGCCCAUCUUACUGAACAUCAGAGAAUCCACACUGGAGAGAAACCUUGUGAAUGUAGUCAGUGUGGAAAGGCUUUUAGACGCAGCUCCAUUCUAGCUAAACAUCAGAAAAUCCACACUGGAGAAAAACCUUAUGAAUGUAAUCAGUGUGGAAAAGCUUUUAGAGACAACUCGAGUCUAGCUGUACAUCAGAGAAUCCACACUGGAGAGAAACCUUAUGAAUGUAAUCAGUGUGGAAAGGCUUUUAGAGUCAGUUGCAGUCUAGCUGAACAUCAGAGGAUCCACACUGGAGAGAAACCUUAUGAAUGCAAUCAAUGUGGAAAAGCCUUCAAUCGGGAGGCCCAUCUUACUGAGCAUCAGAGAAUCCACACUGGAGAGAAACCUUGUGAAUGUAAUCAGUGUGGAAAGGCUUUUAGACGCAGCUCCAUUCUAGCUAAACAUCAGAAAAUCCACACUGGAGAAAAACCUUAUGAGUGUAAUCAGUGUGGAAAGGCUUUUAGAGACAGCUCCAGUCUAGCUGUACAUCAGAGAAUCCACACUGGAGAGAAACCUUAUGAAUGUAAUCAGUGUGGAAAGGCUUUUAGAGUCAAUUGCAGUCUAGCUGAACAUCAGAGGAUCCACACUGGAGAGAAACCUUAUGAAUGCAAUCAAUGUGGAAAGGCCUUUAAUCGGGAGGCCCAUCUUACUGAACAUCAGAGAAUCCACACUGGAGAGAAGCCUUAUGCCUGUAAUCAGUGUGGAAAGGCUUUUAGACGCAGCUCCAUUCUAGCUAAACAUCAGAAAAUCCACACUGGAGAAAAACCUUAUGAAUGUAAUCAGUGUGGAAAGGCUUUUAGAGACAGCUCCAGUCUAGCUGUACAUCAGAGAAUCCACACUGGAGAGAAACCUUAUGAAUGUAAUCAGUGUGGAAAGGCUUUUAGAGUCAAUUGCAGUCUAGCUGAACAUCAGAGAAUCCACACUGGAGAGAAACCUUAUGAAUGCAAUCAGUGUGGAAAGGCCUUUAAUCGGGAAGCCCACCUUAUUGAACAUCAGAGAAUCCACACUGGAGAGAAGCCUUACGUCUGUAAUCAGUGUGGAAAGGCUUUUAGACGCAGCUCCGUUCUAGCUAAACAUCAGAAAAUCCACACUGGAGAAAAACCUUAUGAAUGUAAUCAGUGUGGAAAGGCUUUUAGAGACAACUCCAAACUAGCUGUACAUCAGAGAAUCCACACUGGAGAGAAACCUUAUGAAUGUAAUCAGUGUGGAAAGGCUUUUACAUACAAGACUUAUCUCAAUGAACAUCAGAGAAUCCACACUGGAGAGGAACUUUUUAAAUCUUAUGAAUGUAAUCUAUGUGGAAAGACCUUUAAACAGUCAGCCCAUCUUACCAUACAUCAGAGAAUCCACACUGGAGAGAAACCUUAUGAAUGCAAUCAGUGUGGAAAGGAUUUUACAUGGAGGAGCAGUCUUAUUGUCCAUCAGAGAAGCCACACUGGAGAGAAACCUUAUGAAUGUCAUCAGUGUGGAAAGGCCUUCACAGGCAGCUCCAGUCUUGCUGAACAUCAGAGAAUCCACACUGGAGAGAAACCUUUUGAAUGUCGUCAGUGUGGAAAGGCCUUCAGAAGUAGCUCCACUCUUGCUCAACAUCAGAGAAUCCACACUGGCAAGAAACCUUUUGAAUGUCAUCAGUGUGGAAAGGCCUUCAGAAGUAGCUCCACUCUUACUACACAUCAGAGAAUCCACACUGGAGAGAAACCUUAUGAAUGCAAUCAGUGUGGAAAGGCUUUCAGAGUUAGGUCCAGUCUUACUGAACAUCAGAGAAUCCACACUGGGGAGAAACCAUUUGAAUGUAAUUACUGUGGUAAAGCUUUUACACGGAAGGCUCACCUUAGAGGACAUCAGAAAAUCCAUACUGGAGAGAAACCUUGUGAAUGCAAUCAGUGUGGAAAGACCUUCAGACGCAGCUCCAGUCUUGCUGAACAUCAGAAAAUCCACACUGGAGAGAAGAAAUUUUAUGAAUGUAAUCAGUGUGGAAUGGCCUUCAGAGGCAGCUCCAGUCUUGCUACACAUCAAAGAAUCCACACUGGGGAGAAACCAUAUGAAUGUAAUGAAUGUGGAAAGGCUUUUAGAGUCAGCGCCAGUCUAGUUAAACAUCAGAGAAUUCAUAUAAGAUAUAAACCUCAUCAGUGACAUGAUUGAGGAGAGGCAUGUAAAUGGAGUAUGGAGCUUUGUAGACAACAGAAAAUUGUGCAUACAAGCCAUUUAUGGUCUCAGUGUGAAGAAGGCCUUCAGCCAGAAAUCAUCUCUUAUCCUUUCCUCAAUGGAUUCUGUUAACAGGAUUUUUACUGAGUCAGUGUCUAAUCUGAGAAUGCUUGGAACCACACAAAGCAGGCCUAGAAACAGGAGUGCCAGUAAUCAUGGUGUUUAAUCAAUGUCAGAGUGAAGAAUGUUUCCUUAGGUGAAGCAAACACACUGGUUUUAUAUUCAAGUCACAACUGGAGAAGGAGUGGGGGAAGGUGGACUACAAACUACCUUUUAGUGGUUUCCCACAAAAAAGAGCUACCAACUACACAAGAGGCAUCUGGGCUAGAAUCCAGGGCUCUGGACAGUCAAAGGGACCUCCUGAGAUUCCUCUAUAGGAAAUGGUUUCUGUCUUGGUAAAUCUAAAUAGACUGUUUCCUGUGGCCAGAUCAGCCAAAGCAAAUGGGGUGAAAAGGAACACUUUUGCAGAACUUGCAAAGUCUUCAAAAAGAUAGUCUGUUCCUCUGUUUUUCUAACUGAUCAAGUCUGGUAGGCAGAUGAGACACAAGAGCACAACAGAUCUUCCCCCCCCCCCACCCCGGUCUGCAGAAAUGUAUAGUGUCAUUAAGUAAUGAUUAAAUUUAUGAGUUUGAGAAGGGAGGUGGAGCCAUGAUUGCUCAGUAAGGGCAGAAACUCACCUGAAUUCUCCCAAAUUCUGCUCAAAACAAUUUUAAAUGAUGCUUUGAAUCCAAUUCUGGAGGGGAAGAACCAACAAAAAGUCUGGAUAAAACAAUUUUCCAACCCAAGACAGCUUAGCAGGCCACAGGAAAAAUGAUGGUGGUUGUACCUGCACACCAGUGUGGUGAAGGCCAUUCCUCACCAAGGCAACAGCAGCAGCUUGGAGAGCUCUCAGCUCAUUGACAAUAAAGGGGUCAGACAACUGGUCAGAAAGGGAUGAUAAGGAAGCUUGUCCUGGUAUUGGGCAUAGGACCAUCUUGUAUUGCACAUACACAGUUUCAUGUUCCAAUCCCAGAGUAAAAAGAAGGAAUGAAUUUCCACCUCAAAAUUUUUUUCAAAAUGUUUUUAAUAUUGUUAUAUAUAGUUGGAAAACCAAAAUUUUUCAAAAAAGAAAAAAACAGUGCUGCACUCAAUAUGCAAGCAAAUUUGGAAACUUCCAAAGUGUCUACUGGAUUGGAAAAUGUCAGCUUAAGCCCCAGUCCUAAAGAAGAGCUAUGCCAGAUGCCAGUGAUCUGGGCUGCUGAAAUGUAUGGGAAAAUUCAGGGAGGGGUUGCUUUCAAAGACAUUUUCUUUUAGGAGCCCAUCAAUAGCACCACAUUACUCCCCCCUCAAACAAAUGGGACCCAGUAUGUUUUGGGGUAAGGGGUAAAGUCUCAGAUUCUGAAACUGCUUCCUGCUGGCAAGGGCUGUAUAGCUGUCCCUGCUUUGGUAUUUCAGAGAGGCAGUUGAGUGGAACAACAAAGGCUGCAUCCAGGGGACAUGAGCUGGUACCCACUGUUUGCUCUCAACCAUAGGUGAAUGGCCUGUAGUCUGCAAGACCCAAAUCUAACAAGCAGGUUCCAUGUGCAGGGCCCAAAUAUAGGGGGACUUAAAAUUCCUUUAGGAGGAUCAGAUGCCAUUGGGAAGUAGCAAUAAUUUUGUAGGUAGAAGUUUUCCACCCCUGGGUUCAAUACUUAAACAAAUCAAUUUGCCAGAGACUGACUUUUACUCCAAUUAGAACAAAAGCCUUGGGAGGAUACUUAAGUAAGGAGGUUACCUCCCUCUAAGAAAAUUGCACUGAAAUUCUCUUUCCCCAAACCAAAGUGAAGAUGUUUCUGAUUUAGUUUCAGUAAUCAAUAGAAUAACCUAAAUAGGUUGUUUAGGAUAUAGAAAGGAAUAUAAGUUUAGCCAGACUAGCUCAAAUCUGAAACAUACCUUUUACUAGCCCAGCCUUAGUCUGUGGGAUAAUAAAUCACUUGACUAUGCAGGCAGGUAGAUGAGAAGCCUGAAUAUUAAUUUACCCAGCUGUUGGAGUAAAGUAGUAGGUUGACUACGCAUUCAGGUCAAAACAGCAAGAUCUCACGUGCUUGCAAUGUGCUCCUAUCUUUGACCAUUUGUUCUGAUUACAGAAAUCUGGUAUAAAAGGAUAAAAUGAGGAUAUGAUUAUAUCAGAUAAAACAGGAUAAAACAUCCUUAUCAGGUAAUUCACAGUUUUCCAACCAUGCAGUAUCAAUUCCACCUCAUAGCCAGGUGGGUAACAUUCCUGUUCAAAGGAACACAAUGGGGAAACUGAGCCAGGAGGAUCUCAUCUUAAAAUGAGGCUUAAAAGUGGUCUUUCAGCUUUUCUAGAUCCAGACAUUUACCUGUAUCACAUUCUGAGUACCUUGUGGCAAUUCUCUUAGAUGGUGGAUUAUUGACGAUUUAUUGAUGGAUUAGUAUGAUCCAUUAGACAACUCAAAAUCAGUUAUGGUCCUAUGAGCUUUACAUCAAACAGCAAGUUUCACUAAUCACAGCUUGGGGGAAAUUUUGCUAGGACUUGCAUCUCAGAUUUACAAUUUGAAAUGGUGUAAAAGCCAAUCUUUAGAUGUUUAUAUACUUGCAAAUUCUUGGGAAGCCAAGUUCAUUGGAUCUCUGUAACCCAUGUAAGCACUUUUGGCAGUUUACAAAAUCAGGGGAUUGACAAGAAACCCUGAAAAGGGGCUUCUGCAUCCCAUCUACCCUUAGAGAUGUUGUGGAGUGUUUCUUAUGACUAGCCCUGAGGACUGCUCUGAAUGGGCAGAACCAAUCCAGAUAAGGCUUCAUCCCCUGCUUUCCACACAAACACACAGUAAUCAAUUGCUAGUUUUAGAUUUUAGCAUUAAAAAAACAACUGAAAUAGUUAGCAAUCUUAGAAUUUUCCUGAGAGCCAAACUCUGCAACUUUGCUGCAACUUCCUCUUAACUAUAAGUUAAGGUGAAAAUACCCAGUUUUCUAAAUGUUACAAAACAUUAUAAGACAGGGUUAGCAGGGGAAGAAUUUUUCCACUGUCUUUUCAGUUUCUCUCAUUUCAUACUCUAAUAAAUCCAAGUUAUGUAAAGUUCCUUAAUAUAAUUGAAACAAAAGUUUACCAAUUUGAAACAAACCCAUUACCAAUCAGGUGACUUCAAUUUUGUUUUAUGCAUUUCCAAAUUACAGAGAGAACCAGCAUCUCAUGAUUAACAAGUUAAAACUACAACUUCAAAAAAGUGGAUUUACCAAGGGCAGAGGGAGGCUGGCUUCUUACCUCAUGCUGCCUUGACCUAUUCCACUUUCCUCUCCACAGCUGCUGGGGGGAGCAGUAAACAGGAUGUGCUGAAUCUGGAUGAUGCUUCCAGGCUUUUUGGGUAGUUCCCCAGGUUCCCAGAGCCCAGGGCUUUUGCUUAUGGGGCUCCUGCUGUAGCUGCUGCCCUUCCCUCUCUCUCCUUUCCCCAGAUGGAGGAGGGUGAAUUCUUUUACCUCCUCUGUUCAGGAGGACACUUACCUCAAUUACUCAUUCUGCUUCUUAACUCCUUUGUACUAUGAACUGGGGUGCCUCUUCUUCGGUGUCAUAUGUUCCUGUUAAUAAAACUUUUUUGCUUUCAAUUCA